AUGUGCUUUAGCCGUGUGAAAGUAGAAAGCAAGGUGCAAGACAAAGGUGCUCAAACUUUACUGCAAUUGGCCAUCGAAGCUCCCGCAGCGUGCGCCUGCGCCACGUGCGGCGCGGACGGGUGUGCCAUCGGCGGUUGCGAGCUCCUCACCGCGGCGGAGACCAGGUUGAGCAGUGACAGCGAUGACGGAGGGGAGAAGUCCGCGUCCGCGUCCGCAAGCCGCACCACCGUCGCCGGGGGCAUGGGCAAGCUACGACGGCAGCGGAGGGGGAGGGUGAGCAAGUACCGCGGGCGGCGGUGGCCAUGGGGCAAGUGGGCGGUGGAAAUCCUCGACCCGCACUGCGCCAUGCGCAAGUGGCUCGGCACCUUCGACACCACCGUGGACGCUGCGCGCGCCUACGACUUCGUCGUUGUCAUGUUCCGGGGCCGCCGUGCCAAGCUCAACUUCCCCGACAAUGCGACCCCUGCGCCCGCACCUUCCUGGGUGCCAAUCUCGACGUACCUCCGCCACCACCACCUGCCGCAGCCGCUGCCCGAGAGCUUGCACGAGACCUGCGGGUCGAAUGUGUCCUCGCCGGUCCGCGUGGUUCCUGCGGCAGUGGUGCCGGCCGGACAGCACGGCGCGAGGCCGGUAUUGAAGGAGCAGGACAUUUGGGACAGGCUGAACGAGAUCAUGAUGAUGGAUGAUGGCAGCUUCUGGUCGUCCAUGCCAUGA